AUGGAAGAGGUUUUGGAGAGACAAGAGCGAGAAACUAGAGAAAGAAUGCGUAGAAGAGCUGCAAGCAAGAGGGUGCAGAGAGAACUAGAUGAGCAACUUGGCAUAGCAGUGGCUUUGCUUGAGGAAGAAAACCAGAGCCGUCAUGGUUCACGUGAAGGCCGUCGCCCGAAUGUGGACAAACAUAUACAUUCUCGGGGUAAGAAUCUUCUAGAAGAUUAUUUUAUCCCACAAUCUCUGUACUCUGAUAAAAAUGCUGCUGGAAAUUUAGGACUUCUUCCCGAGCAAAAGUUCACAGCAGUGAUACAAAUGUUGGCAUAUGGGUCAUCUGCUGAUCAGGUGGAUGAGAUUGUCCGUAUGGGGAAGUCCACUAUUUUGGAGACCUUGGUGCGAUUCUGUGAUGCAGUGGAAACUCUGUACACCAGGGACUACCGCGCAGACCUACGCCCAGAGACCUGCAACGGCUUCUACAAAAAGCUGAGAUUCGAGGCUUUCCUAGAAUGA